AUGAUGAGCACAGAAGAAAAUAGACAGAGUUUGGAAGGGGAAUUAAAUUUUACGAGAGCAAUAAACGAUUUGAAAAAAAAUUUGAAAAGUAUUUUUGCUGAUUCGUCGGCUAGGAAAAAUUCAGAAUUGGAAUCUGUGCCCGUAUCGAGAAAUUUACAAUCUUUUCAAAUAGUUGUAAAUCAGGGAGUUAGUUCCACGGUUUUAAUUAAUCACGUCGAAAGAUUUUUAUCCAGUCACAGUUUACCAAGCAUUCAGAGCCAUUCAAAAGUAUCUGCGGGUAGCGUUCUUCAGUGCAUUGAAAAUACGUCGGCCAUGGUCACGAUCGAUCUGGCAUUAACCGCCUCAACAACUUAUCAAGAUUUUAAAGAUUUGUUUACCAUAGCUUCGAAACACUGUCCGGAACUCAACACCCGCGUUCAAUCACCCAUAAGUGCUCAAUCAUCUUCGAUCAAACCCUUGGGGUACAUAGCUUUCUCUCAAAACAUGUAUCAAUUACUACAAGAAAUUAAUCGGAAUCAGAUAAAUAAAUCGGAUGGAGAAGUUUCCGUGCAAAAAUAUCUUCGAUCUCAUCGCUAUCCAUUUUCUUUGAAAUCACUAAAGGAUAACAUAAAUUUUUGGAAAAAUUUAAAUUUGAUUUAUUCGGAUUUCAAAAGUAAUUACGAUGAAAGUAAAGGUUUAGCUUAUUGUAAAGAAGGUUUUAUUUACAAAUCGCAAAAAAAUAUAAAAGACAUGCAAAGCAUUUUUGAUAAUGUUAUAAAAUUGUCGGAGAGUUCGAUUGAAUUUUUAGAUUUGGGAAAAUCGGAAUCUCCCACGGGAGACAUGACAAAAACGGUUAAUUAUUGCGAACUCUUAUCCAGAUAUUUGUCGGAUUUGUCGUCGUUUGUUCUGGAAAAUAUCUUGUCGAAAAAUAAUGAUUUAAGCGAGCCUAUAACAUUGCAUAAUUUAUUGGAACGUGGCGCUGUCGACAUCGUGGAUAAACUCAUUUUCGAUUAUAACGUCGAACCGGGUGCCUUGGAAAAAAAAGCUCAACAACUCGGAUUUAAUUUGACGGCUAGUUUAAUUGCCGGAUGCUGUCCACGUUUUCCACAAAUCUCACCCUCGUCGGAAAAUUCUCAAAUAUUUUCAUCUGAAUAUAUUGUUUUGAACGAAAUCAUUUUGGGUUAUAAAACAUCAACGGCGUCAUCACAUCCCUGUAAAGUCGUAGAAAGUAUUUUAUCCGAACUUUUAAUAGCUUUUAAAACUUAUUGCGAAAACAAACAAAAAGAUGAAAAUAUUUUACAUCAGUAUAAAUACCUUUUGCUCGAAAGCGAUAUACGAGAACUUCGAAACGAUAUUAAAAUUCAAAGGAUAUUAGAAAAAACAUUGGAAAUUAAUUAUGUCAAAAUAAAAUUAUUGAAUAAUCCAAAAGAAAUUUUUUUAUUUUUUACUAAUUUAUUUAAUUUAAUGAUGUGCCAUUGUUAUUUUAGUACAAAACUCGAAAAAACUGAUGGCGUUUAUUCAAAGCAUUCAUUUUAUCGCGACGUCGGAUUUAAAUUUUUAGGUUAUAACGUGGGUGAAUUAGGAUUUAUGUCAAUAAUGGAUGUUAAAAAAAAAUUAUUCGGUGAAGAUUACGAUACGAGAUUUGCGGGGAUGAGUAGAGAUGAAUGGAAAUGGUUGCACGUAUCUCCAGAUCCCAGAUUAAUUUUUUUAACAAUAAAUUUUAAAUCUUCUUCCGCGCCAUUAUUUUUAAUCGACGAUUGUGAUUUUGAAAAAAAUGUUGAAGAAAGCGUUAAAAAAUAUAUAUGUGCCUUCGUCACGGUUAAGGAUAACACGUUGAUUAUUAACGAUGUAUUGAAAGAGUUUUUAGACAAAGCAUACAAUAAAAAAGUUGAUGUUUUUCCAUCGAACGAAAAAAUUUCAUUUUUUAUUAAAUUAUUAACGAGUUAUUCCGAUGAUAAACUUCGGGAAAAGAUAAAUAAUUUGUCCGAUUCGGAUGUCGUUUUGAAAAUUCGCCAUACAAGCAAUGAAAUCAUGUUGAAAUUAGAUUAUGAUGUCUACAUUCCAAAACAAAAAACGGGAAUGAAAAAAAAAAGUGAAAAAUGGCUCGAGAGAAAUUUAAACGAUUCAAUAUUAAAACAUUUUACUCAAAAUUCAAGGAUUUUAGCCGAUAUUGUUCAGAGAAUACACGAAGCAAAAAAUUUAACGGAUGGAAAAAUCCCGAGGGAAAUUUUAACGGAUGAUAAAUCAAAAUAUUUAGAAAUUCUUUUUAAUGCUCCUUGGCUUCAAGAUUUGACUCCUGUUUUUCACGAUAAUGUUAUUAUUGCUGCACUUAGUAAAUAUCCAGAAGAAGAAAAUUUGGUGGAAUUUUUUGAAGAAUGCGUCGAAAACAAAAAUUGGAUAAAAUGUUUAGACGUUUUGUUUGCUUUACCCGAUUAUUUUGUUUUUUCCGAUGUAAACGUUCAAAGAUUUAAAGAUGUCGUUUUGAGAGAAGCAUCGUUUUUACCAUUGGAAAAAGCGAAGCGAACUCCUUGGUACUACUGUCAACAAAUUUCAAACAUCGAUAUGAGAAUCGAAACUAUAAUUAAUUGUUGUAAAACAUGGCCCGGUUCGAUUUGUUGUUCCGAAUUAUCAUCCAUAUUAUUCGAUUAUCCUUUUCUACCGUUGAAAACUCAAAACGAUGUUAAAAAUUUAGUUAAAAAAAUUAAAGUUUACAAUGAAAUUCUCGAAGUGAAAUCUGAUUUGGAAGCUGUUAAAACUUGGACCUUUGCGUGCAAUGGGUCAGUUUGCCAGGGAUUAUAG